GACACAUGUGCAUGCUGCAGCUGCCAGGCAGACUUUGGAUGUUUAGCAGAAAAUUAAAGUCAGCAGUACAUUUGAACUUCAAACCCAUUUGAACCCUCAAAACUGUGGAUGCUGCGCCGCUAAGCGGGAAGAGGAGAGAGUUUUAGUUUGGAGUGCAUGGAAACAGACAUAUAGGAGCUUUGCCGGACUUUUGCAUCCCCGUCGUUCAUCUGCUCGCAGCCCGCACUGACUAAUGCUCGCAGAGAAGUGACAUGCAAACGGGAGUCAAGGCGCAGAAGUCGUAGAUAAACUGCGGCUCGGACGCGCACAGAUCCCGCAGGAUCAGCUUGGUGAUUUGAUAAGAACUGAGAGGGAGAGAAAAAUGAAAUCCACGAGUCAGGAUCAGAGUUUGUCAGACUCCAGAGAGCUGGACAGAUCUUAUGACCCACUCACAGGUAGGGGUUUCGUCAUGUAAUCCUCCAUCCAAACCCAAUAAAAAGACCUUAAAGCAGCGCUUCCUCAAACUGCUGCCCUGCUGUCGCUCUGGCUCCAGCUCGUCAAUUAAUCAAAGGAGUAUAUCUGAAGAUGGUGAACUGUUGACAGUGUGUUACAGACCUGAGGGCCUUGACCUUCUUGUACAGCAGACCAAAUUCAGCAAGAAAGAGCUGCAGGUCCUCUACCGGGGAUUCAAAAACGAGUGCCCGAGUGGUGCGGUGAACGAGGAGACUUUUAAAAGCAUCUAUUCCCAGUUCUUCCCUCAGGGAGAUUCAAGUAUGUAUGCACAUUUCUUGUUUGAAGCCUUUGACACACACAACAGUGGAUCGGUCAGCUUUGAGGACUUUGUUAUAAGCCUGUCCAUCAUUUUAAGAGGCUCCAUGAGUGAUAAACUCAACUGGGCCUUUAAUCUGUAUGACAUCAACAAGGACGGCUGCAUCACCAGAGAGGAGAUGACAGAAAUAAUGUACUCCAUCUAUGACAUGAUGGGGAAGUAUACUUACCCCCACAUGAAAGAGAGUGCUCCAAAAGAGCAUGUUGACAGCUUCUUCCAGAAAAUGGACAAGAACAAAGAUGGAGUGGUCACAAUUGAUGAGUUCUUGGAGACGUGCCAGAAGGAUGAGAACAUCAUGCAGUCCAUGCACAUGUUUGAUAAUGUAAUCUAAACACUGGUGGACACAGACAGAAGGCAGAUUUCCCACUUGCUUGGAGCACUCUGCACAAACGCAGCUCGCAGACAGCGGGGGCGAGUUUUCUGGGGUUCGACAGUGGUCCGAGGUUCAAAUAGCAGUGACCCGAAGAUACCUGCCCCAAACCCACAUUUUCUAAAAUAAUGACUGAGCAGACUGAGCAGAAUGUGUUACUGCAAAUUGACUUGACUCGUGUGAAAUGUGAAAUUUUAUUUUUUAUACUAAGCAUACAAAGGUAUCGAAUGUUGUUGUCUAACGACAAGAAGAAAGCAGCAAAUAUGCACAACAUAGCUGCAAUUUUAAAAUUUGAUGACUUCUUUUCUCAAAUUAUGACUAUUACAAUAUUUCUCUAUUGCAUGUGUUACACACUAGAGAGAGACAGAAAGACUGGGAGUGCAGACGUGGAACAAAUGGAAUAACUCGUAAAUGUUGUAAAGUAUCACACACUUUCUGUAAUCACUCUUAUCCUAUAAUGAGUGAUAGCUUUAAGUUUGAAAUCAAAGCAAUAAUCUUACACAUUAUCAGUCCUUAUCUGUCCUCAGUGUUCUUAUGGAGCUCACCACUCACAUUUAUUAUAAUUGUGCAUAUAGUGUGCAUGAUGUAUCUGUUUUCAAUUAAUAGUUUAAUGAAAGUGUUAAUAUAUUUUCUAUAUGGGCAUAGUAACAAUAGAGAGGAUGAAACUGAAUAAAAUCACACAGUUGCUAUGCAAAAGCGAAAAUCAUUAAAUUACUGAAAUAUGA